ACGUCAAACAAAUAGCCAUCAACAAAGCGUUUGCUAGACGGCGUGCUGCGGCGUGAAUUUUCCAGAAAAAGUUUCUCGAAUUUCUGCACACUUUUCCACCAUGGAUGAUGGCGAUUACGAUAACGAUGAUGUCGGUGGGGAUGAGUUCGACGAUGUCGAGGAGGACGACAACAUUGACGAGCUGAACCAGGAGGAGGAUGGGGACAACAUCGAGAUCAUCAAUCCGGGCCAGGCCGGCGGCGGUGUGCCGAAGAACAAGCGCAUCACGACCAAGUACAUGACGAAGUACGAGCGAGCGCGUGUGCUCGGUACGCGCGCCCUGCAGAUCGCCAUGUGCGCACCGAUCAUGGUGGAGCUGGAGGGCGAGACGGACCCGCUGCAGAUUGCGAUGAAGGAGCUGAAGCAGCGCAAAAUUCCCAUAAUCAUCCGGCGCUACCUGCCCGACUCGUCGUACGAGGACUGGAGCAUCGAUGAGCUAAUUAUAAUCGACCAUUAAAAGAGAGUGUUAAGCUGCGAGGGUUUUGAACAUUGUAUAUUAUAUUAAGGUGAAAAAAUACACAGUCUUCUCUACACAGGCUGCAAACAGGA